UUCCUCGUCAAACUUAUUUUUGUUCAAUAAUUAAAUUUUUUUCUUCUUCAUCCUGAUGAGGUCCUCGUGCAUGUGUCCCGGUGCCGUGACGUCAUGCUCGGUCAUUAUGAAUGUAAAUGGGGUCCGCGCGCUUUGGGGCGCCUCAUUAUGCGCGCGCAUUGAGGGGACGCUGCGGGGGGUAAAUGAUCCGGGUGGGCAGGAGGGGGCAGGUUCUUUGUGCGGGGUAUAAAGGUGGAGCUCCCACAGAGACCAGGACCGGACCGGACAGACCACCAUGGGCUCCGCGCGCUGCAGCUGGAUUGUUCUGCUUCUCCUCAUGGUGACACGUGAUGUUGGAGUACGUGCUCGCGCCAUUAACCCGCUUGGAUUUGGGUCGGAACCCGGAUCCGGACCAGCUUUACGCGCGGAGACGCGCCGGGAGCGCUGCGCGGAGCUCGCUGCGCCAUGGCAGGAAAACGCACGAGCUCCCGAGGAUCACGGAAACCUGCUGCGGGUCCGGGUUCGACCGUUCACACAGAGAGCCGCUCCGGGUCCGGGUCCAGCUCUGGGUCCGGGUCUGCUGUUCCCGGGGAGCUCUCUGUUCAGCUUCGUGCGGCGCGUGUACCGCUGCUGUCAGGACGGCGCGAGCUGCAGGAGCGUGAGAGGGAUCCAAGGCCGGCUCAGAGGAGACUCAGACCUGGAGUUCCUCCUCACCUCGGAUGUGUUGUCGUUGUCCGUCCUGCGCGCCGAGCUUCACCUCCAGCUGUCCAACCCUGAACAUCUGGACGUCCGUCCUGUGCUGUCCUACAUGGCGAAGCGGGGACUUCCCACCAGGUACAGCUUGUGGUCCAGAGGGAACACAGUGGAGCUGAGGGUGGACCUGCUGUUCCUCCUCCAGAGCCUGCAGGAGGCGGCGGGCGGAGCCGCAGGAGGUGGAGGUGCCCGCCUGGUGAACAUGCGGCGGGCGGUGUUUCCACCCACGACUUCAGGGGCUCUGCAGGACUCCGCGUGGGGGGAGCUGGGCCUCAUCCUGGGCUGCAGUCGUCAGGGAUCAGGGGUGUCCUGUGGAGGCGUUCAGCUGUCACACACACCUUUCAUGGCUCUGUACUACAGGUGAACUCACCUGAGGGCGGACUCUCUGUGACAUCACGCACUUUAACGUCAAAUCUAUUAACUUAUAAAUGUUAUUUUUUUAUAUUUACGUGUAAAUAUUGAAUAUGAUGAAUUUUAUGAUGCGCUGUUUGUUAUUAAAGCUUG